AAACAACAAAAAACGGAGUGCAGUCAAGUGGAGAGAGGCGGUGUUGUGUUGUUAGUGCUAGUGCUUUCUGAAUGAAAAGAGAUUGCAGCAGACUCGACUAUAGAAAAGGCGAGGCUAGUAUCAACGGCAGAGAGAUCCAGCUAGGCUACCUUUAUGCAGGAAAUGGCGGGUGUCAUCUCAGUUCCAUCCGAGUCUCAGAAUGGAACCGAGCAGAAGGAGGAAAAACCAUCUGAAAACCUGCUACUACAGAAACUUUUGGAACAGAACAGGCUCCUUGAGGAGGACCGCAGAUUUCUCACACACAACUGUCGUACAGGCAGCACCAGUGACUCCACCUCUCUACACAGUGCAGACUCCCUUAGCUCACUACGUAAUGUGUUUCCAUCACAUGACCAUCGGGCUACCCUCUCCCCUGUGACACGCCCCCCAGACUCCUCCCUCCUCCAUUCUCCCACGGAGGUACGCCUGAAACCACACCACCUGGCAGCCUUUGAGUCUCAAGACACAGAGUCAGAAGAGGAAGGUCUUGGGCCAUCUGUUAGUAUACUACUGGACGAUGGGUUGGACACUCGGAUAGACUAUUGUGACGUGUUGGAGGGUGGGGGGGAGGAUAUCAGCCAAGAGAUUGGACUGUCUAACUAUCGAGAAAUGUAUACACCCCCUGAUCAUGAGGAGGAUCGUAUGGACCUCACAACAACUGUAAAUUUUUCUAGAGAUAUAAGAAAAGCCUCCACGAUAACUAGCACUAGUGAUGUUACCCUGAUACUUCAGGACGAUACUGAAGAGAACAGUGAACAACACGUUGACGAGCGUGCCCCCGUCUCAUUCCAUCGUCACCGUAGCGAAACAGAGUCUGCUACGGGAAGUAAGAGGAUCUCGUUGUCAACGAUUGUGGGGGGUAGUCGGAAGAGAACACUGACCAUUAUAGAAGGAGGGGGCGUCGUCAAGGAGGAGCCUAAUAUCAAAACACGGGAAGAGGAGGCUCCCGAGAAGACGGCUGAGGAGGAGCUGUGGUUCAAGUGGAGCGAACUAUUGCGUAACGUUGAGGACAGUUUGAAGAAGAAGGCGCAGGUGAUCAAGCAACUGGCUCGUCAGGGAAUACCAGACCAGCUGAGAGGAAUGGCCUGGCAACUGUUGUCAGGGUCCCAGGACAAUGCCCUCAAGGAACAGUACCCUGCACUCAUCACUGAGGAGUCCCCGUUUGUGCGUGCCAUCCAACGUGACCUCAACCGAACGUUCCCAGAGCAUUCUUUCUUCAAGGAGAGCAAUGGCCUCGGUCAAGAAGGUCUGCUCAACAUACUCAAGGCCUACUCCAUCUACGACAGGGAGGUGGGCUACUGUCAGGGCAGCCCCUUCAUCACAGGACUGCUGCUCAUGAAGAUGCCCGAGGAGGAGGCAUUCUGUGUGUUCGUGAAACUCAUGAGAGACUACCGACUGAGGGAGCUGUUUAAACCCAGCAUGACAGACCUCGGUCUCUGCUUCUACAUACUAGAGAAGUUCUUAGAGGAGCUGUUCCCAGACCUCUACAUUCAUUUUAAGGCUGUGGGCUUUCAAACUUCGAUGUAUGCGUCACCAUGGUUCCUGACAAUGUUUGCUUCUGUGCUCUCGCUCAACGUAGUGUUCAGGAUAGUGGACAUCUUCCUAUUGGAGGGCAGGGAGAUCAUCUUUAGAGUGGGGCUGGCACUCAUGGAGCACAACAAGGACAGACUGCUGAAGGGAGAUAUGGAGGACAUUCUUAAGUACUUCCAGAAGGGGAUGAAGUCAGAGCACGAGGUUGACCCGGACGCACUCAUUCAGAGGGCACUCAAGAUCAGAUUCAGCAGUAAGAAAAUGAGGAAACUGGAGAAGGAAUAUUCGUCUCGUAAAGAGAAGGAGGCUCACGAUGGCAAAGAGAUCUCUAGACUGCAGACUGAGAACACCAACAUGGCACAGAGGAUCUCUGCUCUGGAGAAGGAGUGUGCCUCGCUGGCUGACAGACUGAUCAAUGGGCAGGUGGCACUAGCACAGGACGCUGAGGAAAUGUUCAUCCUCAAAAAGAAACUAUCUGUUGCCGAAAGAAAACUGGCCAUUCUCGAGAAAAGUAACACUGAUAAGCCAUCGAAUGUAGACACGACUAUGAACAAUGAUGUGAAACAUGUGGAGGAUGUGGAGGGGGCGGGAGAGUGUGUGAGAGAGGAGGAGGGUGAUACCCUACAGUCUGAGAUCCCAAUGCAUAUGCAUGUGUGCAGAGAAGAAGCCGAGCAAGUCUUGCGUCAGCUUGGAGUGGGAACCCCUGGCACUAGCCCUGCAGUCUCUGGGAAUCCUGAUCGUACACUCUCACCUCCGCAAUCACAAAACCCCUCGGCUGGGGAAACCCCCUUAAGAAUCUCCCCUCAGGAACCAGACAUUAUAAUGGAGGCUGUCAGUACCAAAGGAAAGAAGUCAAAGUUAAAGAGAAGACUGACCAAUAAGUUUUCUCAAAAGACAGACCAUGAUUCUAAACACAAGUACAAAACGGGUAGUAAAGACGGAGACCGCAAUGAUGUCAUGUCACCUGAAACUACAGAAGUAGGGAGGCAGUCACCGGCUCCCAGCCCUACACCUAACAAGAAAGCACAUAGACGCAAGAAGAGUAAAUCACUUAGUGGAGACCUCACGUAUGAACUGGCUCGAGUGAAGCUGCAGUGUGCUGAGACGGCUCAUGAACUAGAAGGCAAGAGUCUAGAGCUGACUAAGACCCUGCGCAGAGAGGAGUUUGUGUUGAAAGAGCUCACGGCCGCUAGGAAUGUCAUCAUGAAGCUGGAGCAGAAGCUAUCUGAUCUCAAGUCAUGUCCUCAGUGUGGUCACACCCUCCAAUCAAACGACAAGCUGAACUUUGACCUCACAGAUUUUCCUCUCAUCGAUGCCCCACCCACUGGUAAUGCUGACUCAUCAAUUCUAGCACAGGUUGAACAGUCGUUAACUCCUCCCAUUAACAAUAAAGACUCUGAGACUAGCUAGCAAGCCCUGUAACGUUGUUGUUUACCUCCAUUUCAUGUCUUUUUUAUCCAAUUUUUGCUGUUGUUUGCAUUGACUGAAAGUGAUCUUUUAUAAUUAUAUCAUCA